ACAUUUGAAAAAACAGAGCCUCCUUUGCUUCCUGUUUAUGAAUUCUGACCGCAUCACUCAGAGGAGCUCAGCUACCAUGAAUUAACAGUUGGGGGCGCUACACCUCUAUGUCUACUCUCCAUUGUUACUGAACAGUGCUGUCUGAAACUGGGUGCUAUCUGCACCGUCUCAGAGAGGCAUGCGAGGCUGAGUGCCACUUAACUUUUGUAUAAAUUACAAAUCUCAAAACACUUUUAACAUGCAUUGUUUCUCCGUUUUAGCUCUUUACUUUUAAGAAAUGGCAAAAUCAUACCCGCCAGCUGUCCCUGAUUUUCAGAAAUGUCCCUGGUUUGGACUUAUAUUUUAGUUCUGUCCCUUUUAAUCCCAUGCACAACUGGUGACAGUUGGAGAAAAUGUGAUGAAUUGUACUUCACUAGCGGUGCAGACUACUUUUAUUUCAGAAAAUGUAUUUUAAUUCACAUCCCCUUAUUCUGUAAACAUCUCAGGUUAAUAGUACUAACAAUUUAAAAAGUGCCCCUGAUUGUAACUGAUUAUUUCUGGAUGUGCCCCUAAUUUUGAUGAGGUUUGUCCUCGAUUCAUUUGAGAGCUAUUGGAAACUUAUACAGAAUUAGCACUAUAUUGUCUAUGCCAAGUCUCAAAUACAUUAAUCAUGUGUAAUGUCCCUAACAUUAUACUUUCAUCGACACUGUAUGUUUAAAAUGCAUAUCUUAUCAUCUUAAUUUUUGGAUUAUCUGGUGACAGUCUGACGUCCUUUCUCUGUGUUGUGACAGUUGGAAACCGUCUUGGCAUCCACUUCUUUGCUCCAAGUUGCACACUCCGGUUUCAGAUAUUUUUCUGCAUUUUGGGUAGAGGACAAACAGUAUUUGUACCUUUAGGUUCUCUUCCUUUUUCUUCACCAAGGUUUUUCCUGAAUGCAGGUAAAGCUGUACACGUUAAACUACCGGGUGGGAGAGGAAGGAGCGCUGCGUGAGAUUGGGGCCGAACCUGCGGCUGUAAACACCACUUUCGGAUGUGCGGUAGUGAUUCAAAUCAAAGAAAUAUGGGGGCAGACGGUGCCCACAAGCCUGGGCUCUUUUGUUUUAUAAAAUAAGUCACUUAUGUUUUUCCGUUCAUUGGAUCCCAGUCCCGGAAAGCUGAUGCCAUGGACAGAAAGGGUGCUUCAACAGCAGCAGCAUCAUCAUCGUCAGCUGCAGCCUCCGCCACUGCUGCUAUGAAGAGGAAGGUGUCCUCUAGCUUAAGCCAGACUUCAGGUGCCAGGUCUGACACAAUGGAGGAAGGGGAAGAAAGUGAAGAAGACCCCAAGCUCAGGGGCAGCAGCAUCAGGAUGACGAGCAUAGCAGGAGGGGGAGCAAGGAAAAACUCUAACAACAAUGAGACACGAGCUGGAGGAGGAGGAGGAAGAGGAGAAGGUAGUGCUGGUGCUGGAGGGUCUCAGCAACAGAGAGAAGGCAGCAUCAGCAGCAGCGGCCAAGGAGAGGCAGAGCAGCCAGCGGCAGGCAUGAAGUGUAACACCAAUGGGGACUGUCUGAGAGAACAGAGCAAUCAGGAAAAGGGCACUACAGAUGAGAGGAAAGCUGCCAGCAUGGACGGCUCCCAGACCGAGGAGAGGAGGGACCCUCGGGUGUCUUUCUCUAAUGCCCCUAGCCGAAAAGCAUCCCAACUGACACAGAACCAGCAGCCGAGGAACUCGGUGAGUUUCCUCAAAUCUGAUGAGGGCACUACCCAGAGUUUGGUGGACGAUGGUGAGCAGAGGGGCAGCCAGGCCAGCUUUAUGCAAAGACAGUUUGGAGCUAUGCUUCAGCCCGGGGUCAAUAAGUUCUCCUUGCGGAUGUUUGGCAGCCAAAAAGCUGUGGAGAAAGAGCAAGAAAGGGUUAAAUCCGCCGGUCCUUGGAUAAUUCAUCCUUACAGUGAUUUCAGAUUUUAUUGGGAUUUUACAAUGCUGCUAUUUAUGGUUGGAAACCUUAUCAUCAUCCCUGUUGGCAUCACCUUUUUUAAGGACGAGACAACAGCUCCCUGGAUUAUCUUUAAUGUGGUCUCAGACACUUUCUUCCUUAUAGAUCUAGUACUGAAUUUUAGAACUGGCAUUGUCAUUGAGGACAACACAGAAAUCAUCCUGGACCCUAAAAAAAUUAAGAAAAAGUACUUGAAGACCUGGUUCAUUGUAGACUUUGUGUCUUCCAUCCCUGUGGAUUAUAUAUUUUUGAUAGUAGAGAAAGGGAUUGAUUCUGAAGUUUAUAAAACUGCCCGUGCUUUGCGCAUAGUCCGAUUUACAAAAAUCCUCAGCCUUCUUCGGCUUCUGAGGCUUUCUCGGUUAAUUCGUUACAUUCACCAAUGGGAAGAGAUUUUCCACAUGACCUAUGACCUGGCUAGUGCUGUGAUGAGGAUCGUUAAUCUUAUCAGCAUGAUGCUUCUCUUGUGUCACUGGGAUGGCUGCCUUCAGUUCCUGGUGCCCAUGCUACAAGACUUUCCGAGUGACUGCUGGGUGUCCAUCAACAAUAUGACUAAUGACACAUGGAGUGAACUAUACUCAUUUGCCCUCUUUAAAGCAAUGAGCCAUAUGCUGUGCAUUGGAUAUGGACGCCAGGCACCAGAAAGUAUGUCUGAUAUUUGGCUGACCAUGCUGAGUAUGAUCGUUGGCGCUACCUGCUAUGCCAUGUUUAUUGGCCACGCCACUGCACUUAUUCAGUCACUGGACUCUUCCCGUCGACAGUACCAGGAAAAGUACAAGCAAGUGGAGCAGUAUAUGUCAUUCCACAAGCUGCCUGCUGACUUCCGCCAGAAGAUCCAUGACUAUUACGAGCACCGCUACCAGGGCAAGAUGUUUGAUGAGGACAGCAUUCUGGGAGAACUCAAUGAACCUCUGCGAGAGGAAAUUGUGAACUUUAACUGUCGAAAACUGGUUGCCUCUAUGCCACUUUUUGCCAACGCAGAUCCCAACUUUGUGACUGCUAUGUUAACAAAACUCAAGUUUGAGGUGUUCCAGCCAGGAGACUACAUUAUCCGUGAGGGCACCAUUGGCAAAAAGAUGUAUUUCAUCCAGCAUGGUGUGGUUAGUGUCCUCACCAAAGGCAACAGGGAGAUGAAGCUGAUAGAUGGCUCUUACUUUGGAGAGAUUUGCUUGUUGACGAGGGGUCGUCGUACUGCCAGUGUGCGUGCUGACACAUACUGUCGACUCUACUCCCUUUCAGUGGAUAAUUUUAAUGAGGUUCUAGAAGAAUACCCCAUGAUGAGAAGAGCGUUUGAAACUGUGGCCAUUGAUCGUCUGGAUCGCAUAGGGAAGAAGAACUCCAUAUUGCUUCACAAGGUUCAGCAUGACCUAAAUUCUGGUGUCUUUAAUAAUCGGGAAAAUGAGAUUAUCCAGGAAAUUGUCAAAUAUGACCGAGAGAUGGUUCAACAGGUAGAACUUCAGAAGUCAAAUGCCAUGAUACAACAUGUAAUUCAGCCACAGGUGACCUCUGCCGUUGCUUCACUUCAGCAAGCAGUUGCUAUGAGUUUCUGUCCUCAGAUGGCAAGUACCAGGGUGGUACCUGGUAUACUUCAGUCUCCAAGGAUGCCAAGGCUUUUGCAGCCAGCUCAAAGCAUAUUGGGCCCAUUAUCAGUUUCACCAGUUCAGCAACAACCACCUCUGUUACAUCAAAUUGCCCCUCCUCUUCCAGCCAGCACCUUUUCCAGUGCAGUUCCCAGUCCUCCAGUCCAAAGUCCUUUAGCUAGUCGGACAUUCCAGUAUAGUUCACAGGGUAAAUCAGGUUCUCAGCUUUCCUUGACACAGCAGAGGUCAUCUAGCCCUCCUCAGCGACCAGCAGCCCACAAGAGCACACAGGCCUUGCACACUAGUAGUCUGAGUCAAGAUGCAAGGCUACUUUCAGCAUCUCAGCCUUCAUUGCCUCGUGAUGUCUCCCAGACAAUGACCCCAAGCCCACCACAAUCAAUGCGUGAGUCUGCAACUUCAAUAGGUAGCCAGAUUUCAGCAUCUCCCAGUGCUGCCUUCCAACCUACAGCCAGAGCGGUAGGCUCACCAAGGAUGUCUCUACCCCAUCAAGUGUCUUCUGGGGCAAUUUACACAGCACAGUCUCCACCCCCACCAGCAGGAAUGGUGGCUGUACAAGAAGACUCUAGUACAAGUAGAAAGGACUCCGUAAUUAGUGCACCAGACACCACGGACCCUGGGAAAUCUCGGCUGUCAUGCAACUUGUGACCAGACUUUUGAUAUUGUUCAUUUUCUUUCCUCAUUUCCUGUGGACUCGCAUAGCUAACAGGAAGUCACAAAUUCCUACAAGGAAACAUAGACCUAUGCAGGUUAAUAGCCUGAGUUCAGGGAAGUGAUACUUGUUUCAAAAAGUAACCCUGAUACGUUAUGAAGCAUUGCCCCUACGUGGACCUUGCAUUCACACACACUGAGUAUGAAUACAGAUAGACUUAAAAUUCAGUAACUAGGAGUAGUCCUUAUACAAUACUUUACCUGUUUGCAAAUGUUAUAGAAGGGGAAAUUCUUUCCAGACGUCAGUGGUGUGGACUUGGAAAGAUUAGCAUAGGGCCUAAUCAGGAAGGUCUUAAGCAUUAAUGCAAGUAUUUUGUGGCACAUGUUUUGGUGAGUAUAAGCCAGGAGUCACUUGUAAUACAGGAAUUAUACUGGCUCAUAGUGUGCAUCUUUGUUAAUGUUAAGGAAAUAGGAAAAAGCAGCAAACAGCUGUAUUUAUAUGCAGAAUGCAGUGAUUAAUCCAAAUGUGUGAGCAUUUAUGGUAUUUAUUUUGUAACAUCUGUUAAACCAAAGUUAGUUUCCAUUAGCUUCAAAGUUUUGGAGUAAACAGUUAGCAUUCAGUUGGGUUUUGAACCAAAACCAAAAGCAAAUCUUUUUUUAAUGUACUGCUGAAGCCAUAGUGUGUCUUUUUGCCAUUACAGGGAUAUAAUAACAAAACUCCAUUUAAAUACAAGUGCACUGAAUAAGUCAUGUAAUGCUUUGAUGCUGACUGCUAAAAUAAGGUGUUGCCAUGUUUCUAGUUAAUGCUGCAGGCUUUUCUUGUUUUGUGGAAAUGAUUGGUUGUAAUUGUUUGUUGAAAACUAUUGUCCAUGUUUAAUUAUAGCAGUCUGCCAAAUGCCCUGUCAGGUGUAACAGCUAGCAUACUUUUCAGCAAUGCCUAAAAUGCACCCAAGAGGAAAAUAGCUGCACAUGUAUAUAUAAAUGAGACGAUCUUGGACUCGAGUGUCCUCUUGCUGACAAACAUUGGUUGUCUGUCUUUCAUUACAUGCCUCCUGUUUUGACUGGUCAUUAAUGCACUUUGUGAUUGGCUGGCUUGCUCUUUAUCAGCAAUAGUACUUUAAAAAAACUCUUUACAGAGAUCAUUGUAUGUUAGUACUACUUCUUGAAAUCCCCAAUGCUUUAAAAUAUAUAUAACUCCACAAAGAUUCGGAGAUCUUGUUAUAUUCUGAAGUAGUGUCCUCACUAAAUCCAAGCCAGCUCCAGAAAUGAACAUCUUUUUCUAGUUACUGCCCUUUUUUCGUGGCUGGAUAGCUGAAAAAAGUAAACUAUGUCUUUUGAAACAGACCAGAGUAGGAGUGGGCAGUGUUAGCAUAAUGGUCAAGAACUUUACCUUGCAAAAGUAAUGUAUAGAGUUUGGUUCUGACAUCUGGUUAUUGGCUAGGCUUGUAAUAGUUUUCAGACUGUUAGCUUAGUAUUUGUCUGUGAACCUGUAAUGAAGGUUUUUGAUUUUAUAAUUUUUUUCCUCCAAGGUUAGUAACUGUUUUUAUUCUGAUGGCUGUUGAAGUAUGAAUCAGGUCUAUUCUGUUUAAUAAUUUGUCAUUCAUUCUACUGUGCUGUACAACAGUCAGUCUUCUGCCAGCAGGUAUCAAGAAAUUCAUCCAUCUGUACAUCCAUCCACAACCCCCUUUUCCCAUUUUUGCACAUGGGGUUAAGUGUCACUUCAGCAGUGACAAUCAUCUAGAAUCAAGGUUUACACCACUGGGUGACUAACCCUGCCACAUUAGUUCUUCCACACCACACUCAUACCUAUGGCUAAUUAGGGUGUCCAGUCCACUUACUGCAUGUCUUUAGAAUGUGAGAGAAAGCUGGAACACCUGGAGGAAACUCACAUGAACACAAGGGAGAAUGUGCAGACUCCACACAGAAGGCACCCCAGUCAGUAAUCGAACCAAGGAGCCUCUUGUUGUGAGGCAACAAUGCUAUCCACCAUGCCACUGUGCUGCCCAUCUAUCAGAAUUGCUUGUUUCAGACAGUUUAAAGGCAGUGGGUCUAAAGGUGUUAGAAAUGUCCUGCUAAUAUUGGAAAUUUUUCCUUGUUCUCUCUUCUCUUAGUAUGUUUGGCUGUAGUCAGACAUUGUGCGCCACUGUACUAUUGCUGCCUUCUCCAAGCCAUUUCCUUUAUUAGUUUUGCACUGAUUGGGGUAAUAGUUGCACAAAAAGGUGUGUGUGUGUGUGUGUGUGUGUGUGUGUGUGUGUGUGUGUGUGUGUGUGUGUGUGUGUGUGUGUGAGAGAGAGCACACAGCACAUUUCUUAAACUGGUGUUGCAGCAAUAGAUAAUACAUUUUUAAUCUUCAGAAAUUGAUUUGCAUCCUCUACCCUCAACCUCAUGUCCUAAGUUUGGAAAUUAAGGUCUACAAAUCCACUUUACUGAACAUUAUAGAAGCAGCAGAAACACUGACAAGAAAAAAAAAUGCAAUCCUUGUAAAGCAGACUUAAUACUGCUACUGUAUGUUUUGGAAUAGUGGUAAAGAGAGAUGCACUUGGGGAAAGCACUGCACUUGGUUGCCUGUUUUGUACACUGAGAGCUGCUGUAAGAUGAGGAAAAGGACUCUGUGAUACUAAGACUGCAAAUGAUGAAUCAUGGAUUACUGUCUGAUCAUACAGGAAACAGCCUCAACUUCCUUAGUACUUUCUUUUAUCAUUUAAUUUGUAGCAGAAUGUUGACUCUGGGAGAGAAACAUUUAUCUUUGUAAAGAUUUAAGAUGCAAAACAAUUCAGUUUUGUUUCAGGAGAAAUAGUAUUAGACCCCAAAGACUGACAUUAGUUAAAAUGGGUAUCCUCUAAAUCGCCAUAGAUAUGUUUGUGGUGCUUGAUAUUGUUUGUGUUGUGUGUGUUUGUCCUGUGAUACACUGACAUCCUGUCCAGCAUCGAUGUUGGUUUUCUGCCUUUGGAGCAUUUAGUUACUGAUAAAGGCAACUCUCCUAUGACCAUGAAUAAGACAAAGUGUGUAUUGGAAAAAGAAUAAAUGCAUGAACUUCAGAACUGACUUAUGACAUUGAAUGUCAAGGGAUACAGAUUGCUUUGUGCUACACUGCUCUCCCUGUGGUACUCAAUAUUGAGACAGAUACCUUUCUUCAUGUCUCACUGGUGUCCCUGUCAAGCUAAGUUUUGAGGCAUGAGCGUUACUCUAUGCAAUGCCAGGGUCCACGAAGUAAUGAGUAUUUAGACAUAUGCCUUACUUUGUGACACACUGCUGUCCCUAUGGUACAGAAUGUUGAGACAUGUUGCUUACUUUGUGGCACACUGACAUCCUUAUAAUAAUGGGUGUUGAGACAUAUGCCUUACUUUGCAGCUGUUGUACAGAGUGUUAAGGCGUUUUCCCUACUUUGUGGGACACUAAUGUCCCUGUGGUACUGAGUGUUGAAGCCUGUGCCUUUCUUUGUGACAGACUCUUGUUCCUGUGGUAUAGAGUGUUGAGGUGUAUACUUUACUUUGUAGCACAUAGGUCUCCCUGUGGUACUGAGUGUAGAGAUAUAUGCCUUUCUUUAUGGCACAGUGGUGUCUAUGUGGUAAUGAGUAUUGAGACAUGUGCCUUAUUUGUGGCACACUGUUGUCCCUGUGGUACUGAGCAUUGCAACAUAUGCCUUACUUUGUGGCACACUUGUGUGUCUUUGGUACUUAGUGUUAAGACAUAUGCCUAACUUUGUGGCACACUGCUCUCCCUCUGGCAAAGAGUGUUGAGGCAUGUGCCUUACUUUGUGACAUAUUGAUGCCCCUGUGGUAAUGAGUAAUGAGGAAUGCACCUUAUUUUCUGCUAGACUGUUGUCCCUGUGGUACUGAGUAGAGACAUAUGCUUUGCUUUUUUGUCACUGCGGUGUUCCCCUGGUUCUGAGUAUUGAGGAAUUUAGCCUGUUUGGUACUACACUUGUGCCUUUGUGGCAUUGAGUAUUGAGGUGAUUUCUUAACUUUCUGCCACAGUGAUAGCAAGUGAUACUUACUGUUUUGGUAUGUGCUUUACUUUGUGUUACAGUGGUGUUUCAAAUUCAAGGCUAAAGCUAUGCCGACAGGGACAGCUGGAGAGAAGAGAGAUGAGUGAAGAUGCCACAUCCAUCUUAGGGGAGGGUUAGAAGGUAGAAGGUAGAAAGGAUACAGCAUCCCCUUUUGUGAACAAUUCCCACCUAAUGAUAGAAGUCAUGCUGUUCAGGAAAUCAUAGAUGACACAGUGAUAGCUGCCUCCAUCCUGGGAAGACAGACAUAAAUGUAUAUACACCACAGUGAUGCAGUUGCACAUUUUUACAGAGAUGUUUGCAGAGCAGCUGGAUGGCACCUAUGCACCACAGAUUUUAUACCCAGCUGAUGGAGCAGAUCAUUAGCGGAUCAGAAGUUAACUGUUUAGGUUUUAAGUCGAUAGAUGACACAUGACCAAGCUUAUUGUCUGAAUAUAGGUAGAGAGGUACAGUAUGAAGUUCCCCCAAAGUGAACCCUACUGCUACAGUGGCUGUGGGUGAUGUGAACACAGCGCUGAAUAUAUUUAACACCACUCAAUGGGUAUCUUAUCAGCUGGCCAAAGAUGAGCUCUGUGGAGUCCAAGAUAGACCAGGAAGCCCUUGACAAAAGGGACAUUUGGCAGGUGUUGGAAGUAUCUAAAUGAAAUUGAAGUAAUUUCAGUACUAUUUGUUCACAACACAUUGAAAUUAAUUCAAUGAUGAAAUGAUAUAUAGUGGUCUGUAUUCAUUGCUGUAUAACUCUAAAAAUCUCAUUGAACCAAAAAAAAAAAACUGCUGAAAUUACUUUCUUUCAUCACUUCAGUUCAGAUGUUUGCUGUUUUAUACUGUUUCUGUAAUGGUGAUGACAUCAGUUUCUUACAGAAGAAGAUUAAAUAAUCAAUUCUUCCAAGUGUCACAUUCUUCAGGAGUGUUUUUGCUAUUUGUUGUUGUAGUUGAGAAACAUAAUCAAUUUCAUAUUGUUGUAAUGAAAGAUCAACUGUCAAUGAAGAUAAAUGUGAGGCGUAAACAUUAUCUUUCCCGGCAGCUUUGCACCUCACCUUGGGUCUGUGUACUGCACUUUCUGUGGACUUUUGCCUUGCAGGUGUUACAGCUUACAUCUGCACUUGCACGCAUGUACACUGAGGACUGUGCACCAUCAUGCAGUAAAAUAAUCUAUAAAACUUUGUUACUUUUAGGCCUAAGUAAUUCAUUUGAGCAUCUCUCUCUGCUAGUACUUAAGUGCAAUAUAAUUAAAAAGAAAAAGCUGAUCUGUUUACUACGCUUGUGUGUUCUGUAAAAUAUUCCUUAUCAUUGCAACAAGUGUUUGUUAAGCCAAUAAAUACUACUCAUAAAGCCUGGAUUAAAGUACACUGAACACCAAGACAUCUUUGGCACAAGUCAAACUUAGUGUGAUAAGUUAAGGCAAAUGACUAAGGCCCGUGAGAGUACAAAGCCAGAAGCCACCAAAAUCAGAAGCCUCAGUGUGAUUACAGGAGAAAAGCAGGAGGCAAUGAUUAAAGCAGGAGGCAAUGAUUAGUGAGGGACUGGUGUAACAUAUUGUACAGAUGUAUCCCAUGGUACUUGUAAUGAUAUUGAGUUCUUGUAGUAUCCGAAUUUAUGGCCUUGUGAAGUCAAAGCAGCAAGCUGCUAAUGUGUUGGAUUUGACUUCCUCUAGCUUUACCGGCUGAGUGAAUAACCUUGAGUAAACCUUGAGCUUUUAGGACAUUCCUGAAAUGAGGGACUUAUGCCUACCAGCUCUUACCUGUCUAGAACAAUUAGCACCUAUCAUGUUGGUCUGAAGAUGGCUGUGCUGACUCCCAUUGUUACACUAAUGCUGUGUAGUAUACCACCCAAGUGAGGGAAGUGAUAGGACAGGGUGCUUUUAUAAGCUUCUACAGGCUUUGAAUUUCUACAGAAGCUUUGAGCAAAUUAGGCCUUCCAUGCCUGGAGAAAAAUUAGGGAUAAGCAAGAAAAAAGAACCAGAAUAUGUGCUACUAGUAGAAGACCAUUAAUAGCAAUGCAUUUGACAGGCCACACAGCAUAAAGACACAACAUUCAAAGCAUCUGUUAUGCUGCACAACAAAUCUGUACCUUUACUUUUAAGUACUUCAGCAGAUUUCCUUUGCAUUAAAUGUAGAACACUGCACAGCAGGAGCUUCACAGAGGUAUUGGCUUGUGUUCUGAACGAGGCUGAGCUGACAAAUUGUCAUUUUUGGGAAGAAUUUAUAGUCACUUCAGUAUUAAGAAUAUUCCAUGAAAGGACAGAUAAUAACAUGCUACUUGAGGUUUACGCCUUACAAUUGAGAAAACUGAGCAGCAUCUAAUUCUGCAGUCAGGCAUGGAAAAACAGAACAAAGCUUUUCUUUGAGGAAAAUGUUCACUUCUGAAAGUUUGCAUUGUUUUUGUAAUAUCAUAUAAAUCUAGUCCAUGAGGUAUUUUUUUUCUUUCUAUUUAAAGAAACUUUGAAAUUAAUGUUGCAGUUGCAUGCAUCGUAAUCCCUAUUUAUGCGUUACUCCAGUAUUCACACAUAUACAGACAUACACUAGUCCAGUAACAAGCCUUUUCAUUACACUAGAUAUGCUACAGUCAGCUGCAGCACAGAGUUUCAAGUCUACAAAUCUAGCAGUUCUGCAUUUGAAACUGAGACACCAUACAAACUAGUCACAUCUCCAUAAAUCACAGACUGCACCUUGAAUCAAGAUUAGAAGGAGUCUGCUUUUUCUUAGCCAAAAUUUAUAGGAAAGAAUAAUCUAAAAUAUUUCACAACCUCCAGGCCAAACUGAAUUUGAAUUAAUAAUUAUGUGUUUAAGACUGGAGUGCAUUUUUUAUCUGUCACACUAUUUAAGUAAGGGUGACAAGGGUGUAACAAUGACCAGUGUCUGGUGUGUCAUGUUGAGGUAUUUUCUCAUCACUGCUGUCAUCAGCAACUCACAGCCAUAGAGAAGUGGGCUGAUACCAGUGCUACGUAUACAUAAUCUGAUAAUAGCAAUGGGGAGAUGGACUUUGUGUUUACUGCCUUCUAACUUACUGACAUAUAUUCUUCCCUGAUUAAGUUGUUUUUCAGUAGAAUCUUAGCAAGUAAAACGUUUAAGCAGUUUUUACUGUAUCGCCAGCUAAUAGACAUAAGCUCACUGUAUCACCUAGGUAUACAUAAAUAACAUUAAAUGAAAUAUUUGUCAUAAAAUGUCUGUUAUUUUACUUUAUAAACAAAGUAGUCACCUGGGCCCUAAAUAUAACUUUUUGAAUGUAGAACUAAUGUAUCAAGUGCUGUUUAUUGGGCCUAGCAGUUUUUAAACACACACAUAAAAGAUAAGAAACAUAUAUAGUAAUAGCUGGGUACUGUAAGUAAACUAUUUUCCUACAGUGGGUUGCAGGUCAUGGUUGCCUCAAAAGGACUACACAAAAUGGAAUCCCACAGAAACAUAACAACUGCUUGUCUCACUUGUUCUAGCCACCGUUGUUUAUACUGUAUACUGGAGCAAAUAAAAUAAUUUCAUUGAAGUGCCUGGCAUUGCCACUGCUAUAUUUUUUCUUUGAUAAGGGCCAGAAACAGCCUUCCCUUGGAAUUUGUAUAUCAUAUUGGAAUGUACUAAACAAGUUGUAAAUAGUAUGAAUAACUUAUAAUGUUGUCCAUGGAUUGCUGGUGUGAGAAAAGACUUGUUAAGCACUUUUUGACAUCUCAUCAGUCAAGUUCAAGUGUUACACUUGGAUAUUAACUGCAAUCAGUGGACACAAUAGAAGAAUCCACACUCAGCUUUAAAAAUUAAAUACUUCAUUUAGCCUUUUUCUCUUUGAAGGCUGAAUGAAAAGUUUAACAGGUUUAAUCCAUUUGCACUUCAUGCCAUUCCUUUGUGGUCACUGCUGUCUGUGAGGUAAUGAUGCAUUACAGCUUUCAAAGCUGUGGAACAGGUUACACUUUUGCACAUUUUUUUCUCUAAUUUUUGUAGCACCUGGAAGCUGGAAGCAGGUACAGCUCCAUGAAUUAUACAGAAUUACAUUUGGAGCUCUCUGAAAAUGAUCUAUUUGUUGCAUGUUCCCAACAUGGAUGUUAAAAUUCACUUUUCAUGCCUCACUCUUGAAGUAAAUUUAUUUAAUGUCUGUGCCUUGAGCUUAUAACAAGCUGGAUAUCAUGGUAGAUUUAAUCAUAAUCCUCUCUGUGUAAGGAAAAACAUUCUGAAUGGAGUGAAUCCUGUUCUACCACACAACUAUAUUAAGUAAUAUUCUUAGUUUUACUAUUUUUUUCUUGACUGGUAAAUGAAAAAUAAACAUGCAUUGUAAUUUAAUGCUCAUCCAGUAAUUUCUUUCUACUAGCCAAGACAGCAAAGUAAUUGAUAUCAGAACAUGGUUCUGAGAUUUCUUGUUUUUCAUAAUGUUGUCAGAAGUACAUUGCACUCUCAGUGCUGAAGGCUUCAAACCUGUUCAUAAUGUGGCAAAUAUCUUGUGGUGAGCAUUCCUUAACUGGGGAGACACGUAAGGAGAUUAAAACAGAACAAAAGUGGUGAUUCUCAUACAAAAUGAGAAAAUCUGGGAAACAUACUCACAUUGACAAAGGCAGACCCAAGCUGCUUAAAGACAUUUUUGAGUAUAUGAAAGUAUAAGCUUGUACAUCUUACUUAGAAAUAUUCAGAUAAAAUAUCAUUGCACAGCACUUACAUGGGUGCCUGUUGGAAUUCUGAGGACUACAAUUGCAAUUCUGUAAGUAGCAGAAGUGAAACUGGGAAUGUGGCAGCCUGUAGUAGGUUGUGGUAUCUUGGAAUAUUUCCCCCCACUAUGAGGCACGUUGAUGUCAGUGGUAUUAUACCCAGUUAGCAGGGCUAUGAAAACCAAACCUCCCUUGUUUGGAGGCGCAAGGGGGCUUUGUUCCUUAAAAACACUUUAAUGGUUUAAAUAGUGGGUUUCAAAUUUUAGUUUUUAUUCGGUUUUUGUUUGUUUGUUUGUUUAUUUUUCCAGAUCACAUCUCACACUCCUGGCAGGAAGCCCACAUGCACAUACGUAGCUGUGUAAUGGCACUGAAGUACCAACAACUGUGUAUCACAAACUACAUCCAAUCACUCAUCUUACUUUUACAGUCAUCUCCACACAUGGAGAAUGUCUUUAAUGCUAAAGCCACUCAUGACACAGUACUUACUAAAACAAAAAAUCAAAUUCAGUAUUUUUCGGGUAGUGCCUGUUUUCCAACUGCAGUAAUACUUAAUAGAACUGGCCAUUUGGGGUAGUGCCUGUUUCCAAGCUGCAGUAAUUCUUAAUAGAACUGGCCAUUUGGCAAAGACCAAGUGUAGGAUGGUCAGUAAUUACAAAGUAAUAGGCCUUCAAAUUGCUAAUUUGUCUACUCCAUUAGGCCUAAUGGUCAUCGCCAGAACAGUCUUUUUUUUUUCAGUAAUACAGUAAGGCAUGCCGAUUAUAUAAUGCCAGUCCAGGUAUUGGUCAAGUCAAUAUGUAAAGCUGAGUGCUUUAAAUUCCCAGAAGUGAUGCUAUUACAUAGCAGCACACAAUCCUGGAAUGACUUAUUGCUCCUAAACAAUGUCUCAUUUUCAGUGAUAGUAUCAUUGUUUUUACUGUAGCUGGCCUCGGCACAAUUUUACUGUGUGAUAUGAGUUUGCCUGUGGUUCAUUAACCAGUCUAAUGUUUCUAAUUUACAAAACUAUAGUGUAAUUACCAGAAAUGCUCAUUUCACAUGGUGUUUUCUUACUGAUAUUUAACAGCAACCCACUAUUAUCAUUUAAGUAUUUUUAAAACUGCUGCAUAAGUACAGAGCCUCAUAUCCACUGUUUGCAGCUGGUGCAACACAACAGAAAGAGAUAGAUUAAAAUAUGUAUGUUGUUAAAGUCAUUAACAACACCAAACUUUACUCUGCACAUCUGCACAUGCUGAGUCAUUGUGCAGAAUCUUUGUUUUGCUAUUUCUCAUCCAGUAGAAACCUUGGUGAUUUAGUGAGAUUCUCUUGAGAAAUUAAUCUGCACUGUUAAAUAGCAUUUCUCCGAUAAUGCAUUGGUACUUGUUGUCUUUCCUUGGUCCUAAAUAUAAGAUGAAAUACCCUAAACCUAAUAUUAACUAUUAACCGACUAUGACUUUAUUAUGUCUAGUAAGUUCUCAUUCAUAUUUGUGCUUGUACAUUAUGACUUUAUUAUGUCUGUCUAGUUUUUCAUUCUGUUAAUCAUAUGCAUUUGGAGCUUUUCUCUAUGAGCUUUC